AUGAGUUUAUGUGUGAGAAAUAUAUUAUUUAAUUCGACCAAAGUCCAAAGGUGUUUUAUUACAAGAUAUUCUUCAAAAACUAACAUAAUGAAGAGGGAACCAUUAGUGAUCACUAAAAAUGGUGAACUGAGAGGAUGUAUUAAAAAGCUAUUAGAUGGCACAGAAUAUUACAGCUUCAAAGGAAUACCGUAUGCACAACCACCAGUUGGGAAACUGAGAUUUAAGGCUCCGUUACCUGCUAAACCCUGGGAAGGUGUGUAUGAUGCUUUAAAACAUGGCCCGAUCUCUCCACAAUUUGAUGCUCAAACACGCCAAGUCAAAGAAGGUAGUGAAGACUGCUUAUAUCUUAAUGUUUACACAAAGUCCAUAGAAACCAGUACUAAAGGCCCUGUAAUGGUUUUUAUCCAUGGUGGAGGCUUUAUAUCUGGUUCAGGCAAUACUGAUUUGUAUGGCCCUGAAUUUCUUUUACAGCACAAUGUUGUGUUAGUUACUAUAAACUAUAGAUUGGAAGUUUUAGGAUUCCUUAACUUAGAUAUAGCUGAAGUGCCAGGAAAUGCUGGUAUGAAAGAUCAGGUUUUAGCACUGCGCUGGAUUCAAGAAAAUAUUAAUGAUUUUGGUGGUGAUUCUAAUAAUGUUACAAUUUUUGGUGAGAGUGCUGGUGCAGCAUCUGUUACGUAUCACAUGGUAUCACCUAUGUCCAGGAAUUUAUUUCACAAAGUGAUUGCCCAAAGUGGUGUAUGUACAGCAAAUUGGGCACAGGGUGUUGAUGGAAAGAAUAGGGCUUUUAGAUUGUGUAAAUUAUUAGGGAAUGAGACUAGAGAUCCUAAUGAAGCUCUAACAUUCUUGCAAAGUGUACCAGCAAUUGACUUGGUUGGUAAAACUUUUAAAACAAUAACCAGCGAUGAAAGACAUAGAGGGCUUCCAAUGCAUUUUUGCCCCAAUAUUGAAAAGAAAUAUGGCCAUAAUGAAGUUUUUUUACCAGAAGAUCCAGAACAGGCAUUUCUUAAUUGUAAUUCUGUGAAUGUGCCAUUAAUGAUUGGGUAUAACUCAAAAGAAGGAUUAAUUUUAAUAUCAACAGAAUCUAAGAAAAUUGAAUAUAGGAACAAAAAUCCAUCCUCCUUUGUACCAAGAGAAAUAUAUAAUAUAGUGAAUGACGAUAAAUUAAAAGAAAUAGGGCAGAGAAUAAAAGAAUUCUACUUUGGAGGUCAAGAUAUAACAAUGGAAGAUGCUGAGAAAAUCUGCGACUUACAAUCAGACUUAUAUUUUACAUACCCAAUACAUUAUUUUAUUGAGCUUUAUGCGAAGAAUACUCUACCAGUGUAUAUGUAUAGCUUUAACUAUGAUACAGAUUUAAACUUUUUUAAAAAUUGGAUGGGAGCCAGUGACAUAAAGGGAGCAGCUCAUGUUGAUGAAUUGUUUUAUAUAUUCUGUUGUGCAUUGAAUAGAGAUUAUUAUGAGGAAAAUGAAAUUUUGAGAAGUAUUAUCAAUAAUGUAACUAGACUUUGGACAGAUUUUGCUAAGAAUGGGAACCCAGUAUCGAGCAGUGCAAUAAAUUGGCAGCCAUACACUAUAAAAAAUAAAGAAUAUCUUAAUAUUGAUAAAAGCAUGGCAUUUGGAACAUAUGUGGAUCAAAAAAGAAUAGAAUUUUGGAAGAAAAUGUACAAAGAAGCAGGCUUACAUAGAACAAGAAGUAAUUUGUAG